AUGAAGAAGACCAGGAACACCCGGCUCCGUGCUCACCUCUUCAACACCACCGUACUUCUUGCUUUGACCUAUGCUUCGGAAACCUGGGCAUUUCGCAAGCAGGAAGAAAACGCGGUGAGCAUAAUUGAACGCGCAAUUGAGAGAGUGAUGCUAGGGGUAUCCCACUUCACGCAAGUGAGGGACGGGAUUCGAAGUUCUCUCCUGCGUCAGCGAUCAAAGACUAGAGAUGCCGCCGCGUUUGCCGAGGAAAGUAAAAUAAGGUGGACCGGACACGUUAUGCGCUUUAACGAUAGCCGUUGGACCAGAGCCGUGAACGACUGGGUUCCCCACGAUAUUGAGCGCACUAGAGGAAGACCGCCGACCCUAUGGUCAGAUUUCUUCACGAAGUCCUUCAAAGUAAAUUAUGAUGCCCUUUGUGUCCCACGCGAAAAGAGGAACCACUGGGCGACUCUGGCACGCGAUCGGAGUGGAAGAAUUACUGGCGCCCGCGCGACCAGUUCCAGGAUCAACGGGAGUCAAGGUGAUCAAGGUGAUACAAUGACGGUUGGCGUUUUAAGUAUCUGUGCAAAACAUCUGCUUGCAAGCGGAAUAGAUCCUGUGACAAUGUGA